AUGCAACUGAUUCCGCUAAUAUUACUUGCGACUUUAGCGUCAGGAGAUAAUCGGAUUUUUGAGCUCACCGCUCAAGCUCCAUCGUUUGCUAUUCAUAAGGAUCGGCUCAAUAACAUUUUGAAGUCGUUCACAAUCAAGGUCACUGAUGGAAGCAAAAUUCUUGUCGAUUACACGCAGAGAGGCUGCUCAAAACUGGCUGAGAACAAGAACUGCAACGACACGCUUCCAUUCACAAUCGAGGGAGAGAUAAUUGAGGAGUUCGACGAAAAAGAUAAGCUGUGGAAUGAUGGACCAAUCUCUUAUCUGAAGCCGAGAAAUCAGUACCACCAAUAUCCGGAUCCGGGCUGCGUGGCUUUCAAAGACGCUCUUGACUGUAAAGAUGAGACAAUCUAUGAGUCCUUUGCUGGAUCCGAUCCCGGCAGCAAUCCAAAUGAGAAUCAUCAACUGCUUAAUGGAUUCGGUAAAUACCUCAAUGAGCUGGUUGUCUAUAGUCGCUCAACGGCGGCAACGAUUCUCACAAAAGUUCAGUGCACUUUCUGUCUCAUCUAUGCCACUACAGCGUUUGAUCAACAUCAAUCGAUGAAUCGAAUCUCUAUUUGGACCCCUCCCUAUUAUCCAUGGAUCCACGACAAUCCAGACCGACUCGCAUAUGGCGCCGAUUACCGAGUACUUCUUGGAUAUUUUCCUCCGCUACUCAUCCAACCAAAGUUCACCGCUGAAAUCAGAAAACUGCAAGGUGGAGCGCUCUGGUUUGCAACCCUACAAAGCGAAAAUCCUCCUCUGACUCCUCUUUACAAUGCAAGUAUCACAAGUCCCAUCAAAGAUCCCAUUCCACUAAAUGGAACAUUCACUCAGCUCCUCUGGUGUCCCAGGCUGGAGCAAAUGGACAAAGCCGGUUUUAUGAUUGUGACCAAAGAAGAUCCGGACAAUCAUGUCCGGCACUAUUAUCUCGAUGAUCAGACACCAUCGAUGGCCAUUCACUGGGUGUUCAUGGCAACUUUUGAUAGCAUUCUAAUUGAAAUCCACGAGCCCUCGGAAAUCCUCAUGGAUUGGACACAAUACGGAUGCGCUGGACUGGACAAGCUGGACAAUUCGACUCCGAUGAGACCCUGUGCUGAUGAAGUGCCCUUUUUGUUGGAUGGAGCGAAACCCGAUGAUGGAAAUCUCAAACAGGACGUGAUCCCAUUUGCGGGGUCAAAACAAAACAACAUCGCUUUCACAAUCGGCAACUAUUACACGACUCACCUAAAGUUGAGCACUCGAUCAAAAGUUGUUCUGACACCAGUGCUCACUGCAACCAACGUCGAGUUUGCCAUUGCCAUCCGUGCCAGCAAUUGGGUUAAUGUCACAAAAAAGUUAAUCGUUCUUCCGUGGCGGAAUCCGGAGCAUAACGAUGGAUCGAUGCUGUAUAUUCAAAUGAAGGAGGGAUGGAUAGCUACCGUUGUCGCGAAUCCGAACGCCCCUAUUCAUGGUCCAUAUGGAGUGUUGAAAGUGGUCGGGAAAAACUAUGGACCCUACCAAGAAAUCGAUUGUCCCGUGUUUCGGCAAAAAACCAACGAAGAGGAGCUCUCGUGUCCCGAUGAGACGAUUUACGAGAGUUUCGCCGGCAGUGAUCCCGGCUACUCAAGAAAUCAGCGACACUUUUUGGUAGAUGGCGAAGCCUACGAGUUGAAGGUGAUCACGCGAUCAAGUGCAACAACAAUGCAAGCAAAGAGCGAAUGCAAAUAUUGUCUCCAGUUUUACAUGUGGGACAAUAUGGGGCCCGGUUAUUACAAGCUGAGUCAGAUGUCAAUCAUUUCGCCACCCUGGCAUCCAUGGAUCUUCGAUGAAGUAGAACUAACUCUUUUUGUGACUGGUGGAGGUUUCGUUCGCGCUGAUAUUGCUGGCUAUGUU